AUGAUACCUACAUAUCAACAAACACGUUACAUAGUUGGGGUUUUCCAUAUCUCAGCUACAGUCCCCAUAUCCCCCUUCUCUAAGAAGGUGGCUCUUUGGCCAGCGUACCUUCGCCAAAUUGGGGACCAUCUGUCCCCUUCCCCCCUUGGGGGCGGCUCUCAGGCCAACGUGGGGGCCCUCGGUCCCCUUCCCCCCCUGAGGGCGGCUCUCAGGCCAACGUGGGGGCCCUCGGUCCCCUUCCCCCCCUGGGGGCGGCUCUCAGGCCAACGUGGGGACCCUCGGUCCCCUUCCCCCCCUGGGGGCGGCUCUCAGGCCAACGUGGGGACCCUCGGUCCCCUUCCCCCCUGGGGGCGGCUCUCAGGCCAACGUGGGGACCCUCGGUCCCCUUCCCCCCCUGGGGGCGGCUCUCAGGCCAACGUGGGGACCCUCGGUCCCCUUCCCCCCCUGGGGGCGGCUCUCAGGCCAACGUGGGGACCCUCGGUCCCCUUCCCCCCCUGGGGGCGGCUCUCAGGCCAACGUGGGGACCCUCGGUCCCCUUCCCCCCUGGGGGCGGCUCUCAGGCCAACGUGGGGACCCUCGGUCCCCUUCCCCCCCUGGGGGCGGCUCUCAGGCCAACGUGGGGACCCUCGGUCCCCUUCCCCCCCUGGGGGCGGCUCUCAGGCCAACGUGGGGACCCUCGGUCCCCUUCCCCCCCUGGGGGCGGCUCUCAGGCCAACGUGGGGACCCUCGGUCCCCUUCCCCCCCUGGGGGCGGCUCUCGGUCCCCUCGUUUCGAUGUGCGUGCAGUUGA